AUGUCUGCUAGUCAGCGAAUGAAAGUACAAAAUGGGAAGGCUCACGGUAAUAUAGUCAACCGUGGCAAUGUCCCUAAGUCACUGCAAUCCUCAGACUCGCAGUCCAAUAUGAAUACAUGUAUUUUGGGUUUAAUUGUUUUCGUUGUUUGUGGUUCAG